AUGAGUGUUGGACGUCGAAGAAUAAAGUUGUUGGGAAUCCUGAUGAUGGUAAAUGUCUUCAUUUAUUUGAUCCUGGAAGUCUCCAAAAGCAAUAGCCAAGAAAAAAAUGCAAAGGGGGAAGUAAUAAUACCUAAAGAAAGGUUCUGGGAGAUAUCUGACCCUCCUCGGGCAUAUUGGAACAAGGAACAAGAAAAACUGAACAGGAGGUUCAAUCCCAUUUUGAACACGUUAGCCAACCAGACAGGAGAAGCAUACGGAUUCUCCAAUAUAAGCCAUCUAAAUUACUGUGAACCUGACCUGAGGGUCAUGUCAGCAGUUUCAGAUUUCAACAGUUUGCCAGACAGAUUUAAAGAUUUUCUGCUAUAUUUGAGAUGUCGAAAUUAUUCACUGCUUAUAGACCACCCAGAUAAGUGUGCAAAGAAGCCCUUCUUAUUGCUGGCGAUUAAGUCCCUAACUUCACAUUUCGAUAGAAGGCAAGCGAUUCGGGAAUCUUGGGGCAAAGAAACCAAUGUGGGGAACCAAACGGUGGUGCGAGUUUUCUUACUGGGCCAGACCCCCGCAGAGGACAACCAUCCUGACCUUUCAGAUACGCUGAAAUUUGAGAGUGAGAAGCACCAAGACAUUCUUUUGUGGAACUACAGAGAUACAUUCUUCAACUUGUCUCUGAAAGAAGUACUCUUUCUCAGGUGGGUGAGCACUUCCUGCCCAAAUGCUGAGUUCGUGUUCAAGGGCGAUGAUGAUGUUUUUGUGAACACCCAUCAUCUCCUGAAUUACUUGAAUAGCUUAUCCGGGAACAAAGCCAAAGAUUUAUUUAUUGGUGACGUGAUUCAUAAUGCUGGACCUCAUCGGGAUAAGAAACUCAAGUACUACAUCCCGGAAGUUGUUUACACUGGCGUCUACCCGCCUUAUGCAGGAGGAGGUGGAUUCCUGUACUCCGGCCACCUGGCCCUGAGACUGUACAAUGUAACUGACCGGGUCCUUCUCUACCCCAUUGAUGAUGUUUAUACUGGAAUGUGCCUUCAGAAACUCGGCCUCGCUCCAGAGAGACACAAAGGCUUCAGGACAUCUGAUAUAGAAGAGAAAAGCAGGAGUAACAUUUGUUCCUAUGUAGAUUUGAUGUUGGUACAUAGUAGAAAACCUCAAGAGAUGAUUGAUAUUUGGUCUCGGUUGCAGAGUGCUCAUUUAAAAUGCUGAAUUAUGUGCAAACUACAUUUUACAUAGAAAUGUAUCUCAAAUAG